CCAGGCGCCCACUACUACUAGUGUGUAUAUAAGCUUUACCAUACGUUUCCACCUGAAGUCAACAACAAACUCAUUCAGUCUUUGAUGGGAUACCAGACACACCAAUACUAGACAAGGACAAGCACAUACAAAUUGGCUGAGGAAGAAGAAAAUGGUGAUGAAGAUGAAGAGCGUUCGUGUGAUCAUAAACUGUAUAUUCCUAGCAAUUGGAAGCUGUGGAGGCCCUCUAAUGUUGCGUCUCUACUUCCACAACGGUGGCGAAAGGAUCUGGUUUUCUAGCUUCCUCCAAACUGUAGGUUGUCCUCUUAUCCUCUUCCCUCUUCUCUUUUCCUUCCUUAGCCGUCGUCGCCUUGAAGAACAAGAAAAGACUUCACUUUUCCUCAUGAAACCUCCUCUCUUCAUCGCCUCUGUCGUCGUUGGUCUGCUCAUGGGCUUUGACAAUUACCUCUACUCUUACGGACUAGCUUAUAUCCCUGUUUCAACUGCGUCUCUGAUCAUUUCCGCGCAGUUAGGCUUCACUGCUCUCUUUGCCUUUUUCAUGGUGAAGCAAAAGUUCACACCUUUCACUAUAAACGCCAUCGUUUUGCUCACUGUUGGUGCCGUAGUCCUUGCCUUUAACUCUGAUAGUGACAAGCUUGCGAACGAGACACACAAGGAGUACGUUGUUGGGUUCCUCAUGACCGCUGGUGCAGCUCUUCUCUACGCGUUUAUAUUGCCCCUCGUGGAGCUUGCUUACAAGAAAUCUCGUCAACGAGUCACGUAUACGCUCGUGCUCGAGUUCCAGAUGGUCUUGUGCUUUGUUGCUACUUGCUUCUGCCUCGUGGGGAUGCUAGCUUCUGGUGAUUUCAAGGUAAGAAAUAUGCUUCUUGUUUUUUUCCUAUCAUCUUUGAGAUGAACAAAGUAGGGUUUUGAGAAUCAUGAAUUGGGUUCUUUGAGACUUUUUCUUGUUCUUCAAGGCGACGACGGCGGAGGUAUCUGUUUAUGGAACCCUAAAAAGGAAGAUGUUUUAUAUAAUGAAGAUCUGGGAUCUUUGAAUUUCUUGAUUGAUACCUAAAUGGGAAAAUGUUUUAAAUUGGCAGGUGAU